AUGAUAUUUGAAUCUAUUAUUUAUAAUUAACGACAUAUAUUUGAAUUUUAAUAUCAAUUAUUAGAUUAUUAAUAUUAAUUAAAUUUCAAAACACAGAAGAAUUAGCAAUGGUUUUAAAAUUAUAUAAGUCUUUAUUAGUCUAGAGGAGCACCAAAAAAUUAAGUAUUUUACGAUGGAGAUAAAAAAAACUCUAUCAGAACAUACAAUGGUAUUAUUUAUUAAUAUUGUUAGAUAACUCAAAUACCAGAUAAGGAUUCAAAAUAGGAUGGGAUAUAGAUUAAACCAGAAAGGGCGACUCCAAAAUUGCAGGAAAAGUCGGUCAAGAUCAAAGAAAUUCAUACAUACCCUCAUAUCAAGCAUAAACAUAUGUACCAGUUGUAGAAGUAUUCUAUUACAUAAUUAGUAAAAUCAAGAUGAAGAGUAUAUGAAGUAGUUAUACAUUCAAGAAAUGAACAAAAAAUAAGAAUUAGCUGCCUUGUAUAAGCAACCAGAUUAAUAUUACUAGGAUGCUUUAGAUAAUUAUAAUAAUGGAAAAUAAUAUUCAAAUAAUAAUAAUCCUAACACAUAUGAAUAACCAUAAUUGUUACAAUAAUCAAAUAAAUAUGAUCAUUAUCAAUAACCAAAUGAUGAUGAAGAAUUAUAUUCAAAAGUAUCUUUUUAUAAUAUAUAAAUCAAGUACAAAUAAGGAAAUAGUGGUAGUAAAUAAUAGUACAAUGGUAAACCACCAAUUGCCUAAUAUAAUCCUAUCACAGGUAUUGCUUAUGAGAAUGCUUAUACUCAUCAAAGAGUUCAAGAACCCUAAUUAUAAUAAUAAUAAUAAUAAUAAUAAUAGGAUGAUGCUCUUAGUUAAUUUAGUUAAUGUAUUAUAUAUUAUUAUUAUAAUCAUAUAGUGUAAUAACAUAAAGUUACUUCGAUGAAGAAUAAAACUUCAAAUAUUUUUAAUACAGAUAUAUAAGAGACUGAAAACAUUAAUAAUAAUAGAUAAAAUAGUAGAAUUUAAAAUAAAAGAAAAGAAUUGGAUGAUGCUCAAUAUAAAGGAUAUGGUAUGAUAUAUUAAAUGAUUUUUCUUUUAGGUUAAUUUUAUAAGAAUCCAAUUGAACCAAUCCCAACUCAAUAUAGAGAACAGAAAUUCGUUAAUAGAAAUAUGAUUGACAAUCGCAUAUUUCCACAAUGAUU